AUGUCCGUCCAAGCUUUUUCGGUCAAAUUAGGCGGUAGAAGCGAAAAGCAAUGUGCGGAUGCACAGCGUGAUCUCCGGCCGCCUCGAGCCGCCAGCCUCCUGUUUGUUAGACGUGAUCAGCACCACACUACGAGAUCCCCUCUUAACGCCAGGGGUCCCGAAGUUUCACUAGCAGGAAUUCUAAAACCAGAAUUUUUUUUGCGGUCUGAACAGCGAGUAACCGUCAAGCGUGCAGCGAGUGCAAAGCGUCAUCUCGGGCGGGCUUGGACCGCCGACCUUCUGUGUGUUAGACAGAUGUGA